CUAGUCUUGUGUGCAGAUAUUACUGUCAAUACGAAACAUCGAAACACAAAUAAACAUUUCGUAAUUUUCCACUUUUCUCUGUCUAUCUCUCAGAUCAUAGUUCCUCUAAUGGCCGCCAUCAUUUCACGAAGAAUAAGAUUAGCUUCAUCGAUCUUAAAACCCUCUCAUUUUCCACUUUCAUCAUCAUCAUCAUCUUCAACCACCCCUCAAUUUCCAAUCUUUGAACCCUUUAACCCCAACCCAUCUUCUUCCUUUUCCACUUUUCCCCAUUUUUUCUCUCAAUCUCCAAAUCCCACUUCUCAUUUCAAUUUGGGUCCCUUUUCAUCACACAAAGUUUCAAACUUUAUUAACCCUUUUUUUCAAUUAACAAAACCCAAGUUUUUCUCAACCAAUGAUUCAUCAUCAUCGUCAGAUUCUGAUAAUGAUAAACAAUCAAACCCAAACCCAAACCCAAAUCCAUACCCAAGUCAAAAUCCAAACUUCAAACACCAAGAAAUUGAAGGUCCAACAGUUGAACGUGACCUAUCACCACUUGCAAACGAAACAAGAGAAGUUCUAGAAAGAAUGAUGAAGAACAUCUAUGGAUUAAGCAGGGUUGUUGCUCUAAUGGGUCUUGUUCAGCUUUGUAUUGGAGGUUGGAUCACAUACAUAACUAAAUCUUCACCUAUUACUGAGGUUUCUGUUCAAAGCUUUUUAGCUUUUGCGUUUCCUUUUUCAUUGGCGUUUAUGCUGCGCCAAUCAUUGAAGCCAAUGCAUUUCUUUAAGAAAAUGGAGGAACAAGGUAGGUUGCAGAUUCUUACACUUACGCUUCAAGUUGCUAAGCAAAUGAAUGUUUUGUUUGUUAGGGUUAGAGGGGUUUCUUUUCUUUGUAUUGUUGGUUUGUCUGCUGGAUUGGUUUUUGCUGUGUUUUCUAAAUGAGUUUUGGUUUUGGAUUUUAUAAUGAUCAAUUUGGGAUUAUUAGAAGGUUUUGAUUUUCAGUUUUUAUCAUAGUGUAGUGACCAUAUUUUAAUUGAAAAGUUGAAAUAUUAUGGGUAUAGUUGUUGAGUGGUUAUUUGUCUUGUUCACAAUGCUGUAUUUUUUGGGAUAGUGAUGAAACAAUGAGUUGAAAUAAACUUCUUUUUCUCUCU